AUGAAAACCAAAAUUUUUAUCUUCUUGUACUUCUGUUCGUUACUUUAUUUCUUUGUUGGGGCAAUUGAAACUCCUAAACAUAGGAAACAAUUUGGUGAAACAAAAGGAAUGAGAGCAAGUAUUGUGUUAGAUGGUUAUGCAAUCUAUCGUGGUGGACUUGGAGUCUGGAAUGGUGGUGUCAUAACCUUUCCCAAUAUUGGAAAAGGUGCAAACGAUAAUGGAAAUAUCAUAAACUUUCCGAAAGGUGGAAAGAAUGGUGGUGGUAGAAAUAGACUUUUGGGACGAAAGUCAAGUGUGGGGAAAGCCUAUGUGAAAAACUAA